CCACUCGCCGCACCACCUCCCUUCAAACGCGUCCCGUCCAUCUCCCCGGAUCCGCUGCUCCGUGCGAACCUUGUGGUCUUCCGUGUGUCCCGAUCCGCCGCCAGCAACCAGCAGCCAUGUCGCCGGCGGAGCCGACGCGGGAGGAGAGCGUGUACAUGGCGAAGCUGGCGGAGCAGGCGGAGCGGUACGAGGAGAUGGUGGAGUUCAUGGAGCGCGUGGCGCGCGCCGCGGGAGGCGCCGGCGGCGGAGAGGAGCUCUCCGUGGAGGAGCGCAACCUGCUCUCCGUCGCCUACAAGAACGUCAUCGGCGCGCGCAGGGCCUCGUGGCGGAUCAUCUCGUCGAUCGAGCAGAAGGAGGAGGGCCGCGGGAACGAGGCGCACGCCGCGUCCAUCCGCACCUACCGCUCCAAGAUCGAGGCCGAGCUCGCCCGCAUCUGCGACGGCAUCCUCGCGCUACUCGACUCCCACCUCGUGCCCUCCGCUGGCGCCGCCGAGUCCAAGGUCUUCUACCUGAAGAUGAAGGGCGACUACCACAGGUACCUGGCUGAGUUUAAGUCAGGCACAGAGAGGAAGGAAGCUGCUGAGAGCACCAUGAAUGCUUACAAAGCUGCUCAGGAUAUUGCUCUUGCAGAUCUGGCUCCGACCCAUCCCAUAAGGCUUGGUCUUGCGCUCAACUUCUCGGUAUUCUACUAUGAGAUCCUGAACUCCCCUGACCGUGCUUGCAACCUUGCGAAACAGGCCUUUGAUGAGGCUAUCUCGGAGCUGGACAGCCUGGGAGAAGAGUCGUACAAGGACAGCACUCUGAUCAUGCAGCUCCUGCGUGACAACUUGACCCUUUGGACAUCCGACACCAACGAGGAUGGCGGUGACGAAAUCAAGGAAGCUGCGGCUGCGGCCCCGAAGGAAUCCGGUGAUGGCCAGUAAGGUGAACCCAGACACCUGGAUCUGAUGUGUCGGGUGACCAGAAUUGUUGUGCUUGCAUUUCGAUAGCUACCUUCUAGCAUCCAUCGUAUUAGACGAAUGAUGCCGCAUUGCUGUUUAAUCUCUUUAGAUGUUAUGAUGUCGUACUCUUUGUUUCAGUCAGUCGAUAAAUGAUUGCUGGAUGCUGGUUUUCUUCUCCAAUCCGGCUAUCAUGAAAAACCUGCUCUUUUGCAGUGUUUGUUAGAAUGUUCUGUUGACCUAUAUUUGAAAGACUUGCAUUCUGA